AAAUCACCACUGGGGGUUUGCUAAAGAACAACCACAACAAAAAAUGUAUACAAACAAUCGGCAGGUGUGAAAUCAAUUAAAUUUGUGACUUGAAUCGGACUGAAACCCCCACCAGGAUGCUGGGCCCUGUCCAGAGUGCUGCCUUGCACAGCAUGGCCUGCCAGGCGAUUCUGGUCUUGAUAUGCCUGGUUUGCUACGGAUGCGGCGGUCUAAGUGGUGCCACCUUCGUCUUCGAUGACACGGUGGCCAUCGUGAAGAACAAGGACGUCAAUACGUUACCCACCAACUGGACGGCUAUAUUCACCCACGACUUCUGGGGCGCCUCCCUGCUCAGCUCCGAUUCCCACAAGUCCUUCCGGCCGCUGACUACGCUCAUGUUCCACUACGAAUACGCCAUGCUGGGGUUGAGCGCCGGCCACAUGAAGUUCCUGAACCUCAUACUUCACUGCGUGAACACUCUGCUCAUGUGGCGUCUAGUGCGAUCACUCAAUGUUACGGAGAUCAACGCGGAGCGUUGGGCCAUUAUCUCGGCCGCGUUGUUUGCUGCCCAUCCGAUCCACACGGAAGCUGUCUCCGGAGUAGUGGGACGAGCAGAGCUCAUGUUUGGUUUGAUUCACCUGCUAUGCCUUCUGCUUACCGCGGCCAAUUGCGGCAGGAGCAGUCCCCAAAGUGUCGGUCUCGUCUUGCUGCUCUCCGCCGUGGGGAUGCUCUUCAAGGAAUCGGCCGUCACCAUUCCCAUGUCAUGCGUGCUCCUCGACUACUUUCAGAAUGGGUAUUACCUUUUGCAGUUCCGGAACCAGUGGAAGCUCAUUCAAUCCAGGGUGAGCUACUUUGCGUACGCCGUGGGAUCUGUUGGCCUCUUGACGGCGCGCCUAUGGUGGCAGGACUUCGACUCGCCUACAUUCAAGGAAGUGGAUAAUCCAGUGGCCCACAAUGCAAACAUACUGACCCGGGGACUGUCGCAACAGUUUCUGCUGGUUAUGAAUAUCUGGCUGAUGCUCUGUCCCCAUUGGCUCUGUUACGACUGGGCCCUGGGUUGUGUGAAGUUGGUGACCAGCAUCUGGGAUCUGAGACUCCAGGGAGUUAUCGGCUUCUACUCCGUUAUGUUGGUGGCCCUGAUGAACUUUCGCCGCUUGCCGGGAAUGAUGCUGGCGCUGGGUCUGAUGAUCGUCCCCUUUCUGCCAGCCUCGGGAAUCAUUCGAGUGGGAUUCGUGAUCGCCGAGAGAACCCUAUACGUUCCCUCUAUCGGCUUCUGUCUCUUGUCCAUCUACGGGUUUUUGCACUGGUACGAGGGCUAUGCUGACAAACCCAUUUGGAGGACGAGUCUGAGGAUUCUACUGAUGUUCCUGUUUACGGUGAUGAUACUUAGAACGCGGCAACGGGCUUCCGACUGGCUGAACGAGGAGAACUUGUUUGCAUCCGCCCUGAAGGUGUGUCCCGACAACGCUAAGGUCCAUUACAAUAUCGCGCGUCUGGCUACCGAUUCGGGCAAUAAUACAAAGGCCUUCGUCCAUUACCACAAGGCCAUCGACCUUUAUCCCAGUUACGAGUCAGCUUUAAUGAAUCUGGGGAACCUGUACCGGGAGCAUGGGCAGUUGGACACCGCCGAGGAGUACAUUCGACAGGCUCUGCAGGCAUUCCCCACGUUUCCCGCGGCCUGGAUGAAUCUGGGAAUAGUUCAAGCGGCGCGGCAAAAAUAUGACCAGGCCUUGGGCAGUUAUGAGAAGGCCCUGAAGCACCGACCCAACUUUGCCGUCUGCUACUACAACAUGGGAAACUUGUUCCUCGAGCAGAAGCGGUUCACCAAGGCUCUGCACCAUUGGCAGCAUGCGGUGGCCCUUAAUCCCCGGCAGCCUAAGGCCUGGGCAAACAUUCUAACAAUGCUGGACAAUAAGGGUCUUCACGAGGAUGCUCUGCGCCUCUCCACCCAGGCUCUGACGCACCUGCCCAAUGAGGUGAGCAUCUUGUUCAUUCGCGCCAACGUCCUGGGAAAGAUGAAACAGUACCUUGAGGCCGAGAGUGUCUAUAAGCGUGUUAUCGAGCUUGAUCCGCGCAACAUGCUGUACCACACAAACCUGGGCGUGCUGUACCACCGAUGGGACAGGGCAGAGGAGGCAAUCAGGGCCUACCAGGCGGCCAUAAGCAUCAAUGCGGCAAGGGCAAGUACGGCGAGAGAGAAUCUCGGCAAGCUUCUGAAGCGCCUGGAACGGGAGGCCCAAGUCAGAAAUGGGUAAGCGACAGGUACUCCACCGAGCUACCUUGUGUUAGGAUAGCCUAAAUAGCCCACCUCUAAAAGGGUUGUUGAAUAACCAAAUGAUUUUGGUGCAAACUCAAGUGGCAUUUCAUUUUGGAGAGCAAGGAGUGGAUCUCUGGAUCACAUAAGGUUGUAAGGAUAAGUCACUAGUCUAGCAAUCCGAAACCAACUUACUGUAGUUAUUGUAAUCUCGUCCUGUAGACCUCCCUGUAACUACUAUGUCCCGUCCUCAAAUCGUGUAAUUUAUAACUUAUUUCGUAUGUUUAGGAUAAUUAAUUUAUUUAUUAAUUUAAUCGAGGGUAUAUACAAUUUGUGUUAAAACUAAUUAAUGAUCAAACAAUUACAAGACGGCUUAUAUAAAUUAGCUAAGUUCUAGAACGUAAGGACUACACGAAAUACUUGCGAGAACAGUGACAGAGUUGUGGCACCGUUUUGUAAAAUGAUUCAAUUCCAUUAAAGAUUCAUGAUUCGAAUUUAAAAAUAA